GGGAGUUUCACUGGUUUAAAAAUACACAGAGGAAGCGAGUAAGAGAAAGGGGAAGGGGAGGUGGGAGAGGCACCUCAACUUUGAUGUCCAGAGCCUUGAGUGGCCACUCGCAAGCUGGCCAAGGGCUUCACACAACUUGCCAAGAUGACAGAGGGGACCAAGAAGACCAGCAAAAAGUUCAAGUUCUUCAAGUUCAAGGGCUUUGGGAGUCUCUCCAACCUCCCUCGAUCCUUCACUCUGAGACGAUCCUCAGCUUCCAUCAGUAGGCAGUCCCAUUUGGAGCCUGACACCUUUGAAGCCACGCAGGAUGACAUGGUGACGGUGCCCAAGAGUCCCCCAGCCUAUGCCCGCUCCAGUGACAUGUACAGCCACAUGGGCACCAUGCCUCGCCCCAGCAUCAAGAAAGCACAGAACUCACAGGCUGCCCGGCAGGCCCAGGAGGCGGGUCCCAAGCCCAACUUGGUACCCGGAGGUGUACCCGACCCCCCAGGCUUGGAGGCAGCCAAAGAGGUGAUGGUGAAGGCCACUGGCCCUCUAGAGGACACCCCAGCAAUGGAACCCAACCCUUCAGCAGUGGAGGUAGACCCCAUCAGAAAGCCUGAGGUCCCCACAGGAGACGUAGAAGAGGAGAGACCUCCCAGGGACGUGCACUCAGAAAGGGCUGCUGGAGAGCCAGAGGCUGGAGGCGACUAUGUGAAGUUCUCCAAGGAGAAGUACAUCCUGGACUCAUCGCCAGAGAAACUCCACAAGGAAUUGGAGGAGGAGCUCAAACUCAGCAGCACGGAUCUCCGCAGCCAUGCCUGGUACCACGGCCGCAUCCCCCGAGAGGUCUCGGAGACCUUGGUACAACGCAAUGGCGACUUCCUCAUCCGGGACUCACUCACCAGCCUGGGCGACUAUGUGCUCACGUGCCGCUGGCGCAACCAGGCCUUGCACUUCAAGAUCAACAAGGUGGUGGUGAAGGCAGGCGAGAGCUACACACACAUCCAGUACCUGUUUGAGCAGGAGAGCUUCGACCACGUGCCCGCCCUCGUGCGCUAUCAUGUGGGCAGCCGCAAGGCUGUGUCAGAGCAGAGUGGUGCCAUCAUCUACUGCCCGGUGAACCGCACCUUCCCACUGCGCUACCUCGAGGCCAGCUAUGGCCUGGGACAGGGGAGUAGCAAGCCUGCCAGCCCUGUCAGCCCCUCAGGCCCCAAGGGAAGCCACAUGAAGCGGCGCAGCGUCACCAUGACCGAUGGGCUCACUGCCGACAAGGUCACCCGCAGCGAUGGCUGCCCCACCAGUACGUCGCUGCCCCGCCCUCGGGACUCCAUCCGCAGCUGUGCCCUCAGCAUGGACCAGAUCCCAGACCUGCACUCGCCCAUGUCGCCCAUCUCCGAGAGCCCUAGCUCCCCCGCCUACAGCACUGUAACCCGCGUCCAUGCCGCCCCUGCAGCCCCUUCUGCCACAGCAUUGCCUGCCUCCCCUGUCGCCCGCCGUUCCAGUGAGCCCCAGCUGUGUCCCGGAAGUGCCCCAAAGACCCAUGGGGAGUCAGACAAGGGCCCCCACACCAGCCCCUCCCACACCCUUGGCAAGGCCUCCCCGUCACCAUCACUCAGCAGCUACAGUGACCCGGACUCUGGCCACUACUGCCAGCUCCAGCCUCCUGUGCGUGGCAGCCGAGAGUGGGCAGCGACUGAGACCUCCAGCCAGCAGGCCAGGAGCUAUGGGGAGAAGCUAAAGGAACUGUCAGAAAAUGGGGCCCCUGAAGGGGACUGGGGCAAGACCUUCACAGUCCCCAUCGUGGAAGUCACUUCUUCCUUCAACCCGGCCACCUUCCAGUCACUACUGAUCCCCAGGGAUAACCGGCCACUGGAGGUGGGCCUUCUGCGCAAGGUCAAGGAGCUGCUGGCAGAAGUGGAUGCCCGGACGCUGGCCCGGCAUGUCACCAAGGUGGACUGCCUGGUUGCUAGGAUACUGGGCGUUACCAAGGAGAUGCAGACCCUAAUGGGAGUCCGCUGGGGCAUGGAACUGCUCACCCUCCCCCAUGGCCGGCAGCUACGCCUAGACCUGCUGGAAAGGUUCCACACCAUGUCCAUCAUGCUGGCCGUGGACAUCCUGGGCUGCACCGGCUCUGCGGAGGAGCGGGCAGCGCUGCUGCACAAGACCAUUCAGCUGGCGGCCGAGCUGCGGGGGACUAUGGGCAACAUGUUUAGCUUCGCGGCGGUCAUGGGUGCCCUGGACAUGGCCCAGCAGGGCAGCAGGGUGGCCCCUGCAGGCCCUCUGCCUGGCUGGUCUCUCACAGUUUGGCCUCCCCAGAUUUCUCGGCUGGAGCAGACAUGGGUGACCCUGCGGCAGCGACACACAGAGGGUGCCAUCCUGUACGAGAAGAAGCUCAAGCCUUUUCUCAAGAGCCUCAACGAGGGCAAAGAAGGCCCGCCGCUGAGCAACACCACGUUUCCUCAUGUGCUGCCCCUCAUCACCCUGCUGGAGUGUGACUCGGCCCCACCAGAGGGCCCUGAGCCCUGGGGCAGCACGGAGCACGGCGUGGAGGUGGUGCUGGCUCACCUGGAGGCCGCCCGCACAGUGGCACACCACGGAGGCCUGUACCACACCAAUGCUGAAGUCAAGCUGCAGGGGUUCCAGGCCCGGCCGGAGCUCCUGGAGGUGUUCAGCACGGAGUUCCAGAUGCGCCUCCUCUGGGGCAGUCAGGGUGCCAGCAGCAGCCAGGCCCGGCGCUAUGAGAAGUUCGACAAGGUCCUCACUGCCCUGUCCCACAAGCUGGAACCUGCUGUCCGCUCCAGCGAGCUGUGACCCCAGGGACAUUUCCCCUCUGCAGCUGCGGACAGCGUCAGGGGCAGAGGGGCACAGACCUUUCCCCAGAGCACCCCAAGGACACUGUGAUCAACCCGAGAAUGUUCUGGGUUCAACUCAAGCAUCUCCCUUGCACCUCCAGGGUCCUGCGUGGACUCUGGGUUCCAUCCCACCUGCUACAUGCUCACCAGGUCUCCGCUGAGGAAGAACAGGAACGCCGGUUCCCCCACCAGCUUUUGCUGCUCCUCUUCCUGCUGGGGUUCCCUGUUUUCGAGCCAUGGGAGGCAGGCUGCUCACGCCUCCUCACUCUCCGUCUGUCCCUCACCAACACCAAGGCCUCCAUCUCACUGUAAAUAAGUCUCUGUUCUGUAAAUAGAUGUACAGAAGCCAUGUUAUUUCUUUCAUAUAAUAAACUUUUAUGACUCUUUA